AUGGCCGCGUCUCUGACGUCUCUUCCGACCACUUUGUGUCUUAGCCAUGGUGAUGAGUGUUGCAAACGUUCACCCACCUUAGGUCAUUCUCUUGCGGUGAAGAGGAGGAACGUAAUGGGUCACUACGAGCGUAAUACAGUGAGGAGAUUGGUGGUGACAGCUGCGACUAAGGGUUCUAGAAAGUCUAAAGAGAGUCAACCGUCUUGGGCGAAUCCUGACUCGGAUGAGCCACCUCCUUGGGCUAGAGAGGAAGGUCGUUCUUCUACUUCCCAAGAGAGCUUUGAGGUUCCCUUCUAUGUUUAUCUGCUUGCCUCAGCUAUCACUGCCAUUGCUGCUAUCGGUUCUGUUUUUGAGUACUCGAGUAAGAAUCCAGUGUUCGGGGUGUUGGACUCUGACAGUAUCUUUUAUACUCCUGUGCUUGGGUUCUUUGCUUUUACUGGAAUCCCUACGUCUAUAUUCCUAUGGCUCAAAUCAGUUGAAGCUGCUAAUAAGGAAGCUGCGGAACAAGAUAAAAGAGAUGGAUAUCGUUAA